AUGGCGCGCGGCAGGACUGGAAAAUGUGCAUACAGUUGCCUACGAUGUGUUGCUAUCGUAUCCCGACUUCCUCGAAAUCCGAAUUUGAUGACCAUCAAGGAUAAGGAUGGAAAUGCAGUUUAUAAGAGUGAGGGCGUCACCCCACCCAUAAUUAUACCUGACAAAAUGCCAAGAUGGUUGGCAUAUUCACCAAACGGAACUGUAACAGGCGAUGUUGUUUAUUGUGGACAAGGCACUGAAAAAGAGUUUCAAUAUCUUGCCAGUCAUGGGAUUUCACUCAAAGGAAAAAUUGCUCUACUUCGUUAUGGAGGCAGUUUUCGCGGUAACAAAGUCGCGCUUGCGCAGCAGAACGGUGCCAUUGCUGCCAUCCUUUUCUCCGAUCCAGCUGAAGUGGCUCCUAAUGGGACAUUAGACAAAGAUGUGUACCCGAAUACAGUAUAUAUGCCUGAACAUAGUGUUCAGCGAGGUACGCUCCACAUCGGUGAUGGUGAUGUUCUUUCGCCGCUGUACGCUGGAAAAGCCAAAUCUUUUCGGAGCCAGGAGUCUGCUCGUGCGGACGGAGACAUUCCAUCGAUCCCUGCUCUUCCGAUUUCGUACACCUCCGCCAUGGCACUACUUUCGAGACUUGGCGGUCCACCUGCACCAUCGACUUGGAAAGGAGGACUCAAUGUCACCUACAACUUGGGACCAGGUUUGAAGGACGCUAUGACAACAACCGUCACUAUCAAUGGACACUUCGAAGUGAAGUGA